GUCUGUCUGAGCUGUCUUUGAGAUCGUGCAUCAUGAGUAGCGAGUUCCUAUCAGAGCUGCCCUGGGAAGAUGGGUUCGCCAUCCCCGUGGCCAACCAGGAGAACAAGAUGCUGGAGGAUCAGCUAUCAAAGCUGCAGAAGGAGAAAUCAAACUUGCAAGAUCAGCUUCAUGACUACGAAGAUCGGAUUAGUUCCAUGACUUCUCACCUUAAAAAUGUGAAUCAGGAAUUUUCAUUCACACAGGCUCUUUACAAAGCAAGGGAGCGUGAGAUUGAAAGUGAAGAGCAUUUUAAGGCCAUCGCUGAAAGAGAGCUGGGCCGGGUCAAGGACGAGAUCCAACAACUGGAGAAGGAGUUGGCGACCAUCCAGGAGCGCAAGAGCGAUAAGGAAAAUGGCAUAUUUAAAGCGACCCAAAAGCUGGAUGGCUUGAAAUGUCAGAUGAACUGGGACCAGCAAGCCCUGGAGGCCUGGCUGGAGGAGUCGGCUCACAAAGACAGCGACUCUCUCACCCUUCAGAAGUAUGCACAGCAAGACGAUAACAAAAUCAGGGCCCUGACCCUGCACUUAGAAAGGCUGACUCUGGAGUGCAAUGAGAAAAGGAAGCUUCUAGACAGUGAACUGACGGAGACAUUGAGUGCACAGUUAGAAUUAGAUAAAGCUGCGCAGGACUUCAGGAAGAUUCACCUAGAACGACAAGAGCUCAUCCAGCAGUGGGAGGGCACCAUCGAUCAAAUGCAGAGGCGGGAUCAGGAGAUUGACAGCUGCGCCCUGAUAUUAGCAAGGAUAAAGCAGGAAACAAGAGAAAAAGAAGGCGUGGUGAAAGAAAAGAUCAAGUUUCUGGAAAAUGAGGUUGGGAACAACGUAGAAUAUGAAAGAAGAAUUUCUGUCGCCGAGCGUAAAGUUUUAAAGUGCAGGAUGGAGUACCAGCGACAUGAAACCAGCAGGAGUCAACUGAAGGACGAGCUGGAUACUUUAAAAAUUACUCUCAAUAGAACGUCCAGCGACUUAGAAGCUCUGAGGAAAAACAUUUCCAAAGUAAAGAAGGACAUCCAUGAUGAAACAUCAAAGUUACAGAAACUGAAACAUCACAAUGAGAUUGUGAAGAAUAAACUGAAGACGAUAACCGAGAAGACCAUUUCUGUGGAGGAGAAGGCCACCAACAUGGAAGACAUGCUGAAGGAAGAGGAGAAGGUGGCCAAGGAAGUGGAGGUUCAGCUGAACAUAGUGAAGGACGUGCUCUUUAAGAAAGUUCAGGAGCUACAGAAUGAGACAAUGAAGGAGAAAUCCCUGGUCUCAGAGAUCGAAGGAACCCGAUCCUCCAUCAAACAUCUGAACCAGCGCUUGCGCAAGCUGGACUUUGAAACCCUGAAGCAGCAGGAAAUCAUGUACAGUCAGGACUUUUACAUUCAGCAAGUUGAACACAGGAUGUCACGACUAAAGGGAGAAAUUAAUUCGGAGGAGAAGCAAACCCUUGAAGCAAGAAUCGUUGAACUUAAGAAGACACUGGAUGAGAAAAAAUCCACGCUUUCCCUUUUGGAAGCACAGAUCAAGAAGCUGCAUAAUGAUCUCUACUUCCUUAAGAAGUCAAACAUCAAGAAUAAUGACGAGAAGCAAUCUCUCAUGAAUAAAAUAAACGAACUGCACCUUUUCGUUGACAGAUCGGAGAAGGAACUGAAUAAGGCUAGAGUUGCCAAACAGGAUUUGAUGAUUGAGGACAAUCUUUUAAAGUUUGAGGUUAAACGCACCCGAGAGAUGCUGCACGGCAAAGCAGAGGAAGUCCUUUCCCUGGAGAAAAGGAAACAACAGCUGUACACAGCAAUGGAGGAGAGAGCCGAGGAAAUCAAGGUGCACAAAGCCAUGCUCGCCUCCCAGAUCAGAUACGUUGACCAGCAACGACAAACUGUGAGUGCCGAGUUUCAUGAGCGGCUAAGUAAAAUUGAUAAGCUUAAGAACAGAUAUGAAAUUCUUACUGUUGUCAUGCUGCCUCCUGAAGGAGAAGAGGAGAAAACACAGGCCUAUUAUGUAAUAAAGGCUGCUCAAGAAAAGGAAGAACUUCAGAGGGAAGGUGACAGCUUGGAUGCUAAGAUCAACAAAGCGGAAAAAGAAAUCUAUGCUCUGCAAAACACCCUGCAAGUACUCAACAGCUGCAACAACAACUAUAAGCAAUCUUUCAAAAAAGUGACUCCAUCAAGUGAUGAGUAUGUAAUAAAAAUUCAACUAGAAGAACAAAAAAGGACUGCAGAUGAGAAAUACAGAUACAAACAAAGGCAAAUGAGAGAACUUCAAGAAGACAUCCAGAGUAUGGAAAAUACUUUUGAAGUCAUAGAACACUUAGCAAAUAAUAUCAAAGAGAAAUUAUCAGAGAAACAAACUCAUUCCCUUCAACUGCGCAAAGAGACUGAGGAGCAGCAGCCGAAAUUAGAACGCGUGACUAAGCAGUGUGGAAGACUCAAAAGAGAAAUCCGCAUUGUGAAAGAGACGAAUGACGAAACGCUAGAAGAGCAAGACAUUCAACUCCGUGAGAUUAAACAGUUUCACAAGGACAUUGACCAAAUGUUAGUCAAUGCCAUGGAAAAUGCUGAGAUGCACAUUAUCCUUCAAACAUACUUUGAGCAGAAUGGGUUAGAACUACCCACAGUUAAAGGCCCAAGCUCCAGAUCCUCUUCACAGUCUUCCCUGCGGUCAAUCAGGUCGCUUGAGGACACAAUUUCUCCUGUUUCUCCACCUUCAGUUAAAGUAUUACAGCUCAGCUUCCCAGAAUCUCCAACAGGAAGCAGUAGUUCUAGAUCAGCUAGUAAUGGCAGUAAUUCAAGUACUCCAAAAGGAAAAAAGCCCAGCAAAUGAUUUUUUUUAAUCUCUUGUACAAAUUUUGAACACAAAUGAAAAUCUCAUUAAGUCUU